UUAAAAUAUCUAACAAGGCCUUCCUACGCUCCAGCCCAGCUGGGGGCAGUAAUGCGCCAUAACGCCAUUAAAUAGAAGAAAAACAAGAGGCAAAGGUUUAAGCAGAGGCAUUAAAAGCACUUCCAUUUGACUCCACACAGUGAGGUGAAAACAGCCACAUGAACUGCAGCUACAUGUCCUUAUGAGUUUAUAUUACCAUUUGCCCUAAAGGGAAACAGACUGAGAUGAAGCAGAAGUACAUGAAAUAACGACCUGCCUGCAAGUCAGAAAACGAUGCCAUUUCCGUCCCCCUGCAUAAGACAGCAAAGUGAAGUGGUGUUCUCGGUGCGGUGUCCUUGUCUGUAAAAACAGAUAAGGUGGUUAUUCGUAGCAGAUCCAUGGACUACCUCAGUGCAGCUAAUGAGCGCUUUGGGACUUGGCCUGACUUCCACACGGUGACGUAACCGAGGCCACGCCCAUUGUCAUGGCGUUUCCGGACUGGACGGUGUGUUUACUCGGGGUUGCUGCUUCAAUCUGUGGGAGCUUUUGCAUUUACCGCCUCCUCAGAAGUCCUGUGAGGAGCUCAUGGAAAAGAGGUGUCGUUGCGGAUUUGAUGGCGCGCACGGAGAAGUCGCUGUUCUGGAUAGCGUACUCUCUAUACACACGGACCAAACUCGGCUACAUGUUUCACAAACGCCAGAUGAGAAAAGCAAGGGAGAAGUACCCGACUGGCCACUCUAGAACUGAGCCCACAACAAUAAACGGAGUCAAGAUCAUUCCAUUACCCAUCUUGUCUGACAACUACAGCUAUGUGAUCAUUGACACGGCAUCGGAUCUUGCCGUGGUGGUGGACCCCGCUGAUCCUCGCUCUGUCCAGAGUUGUCUGGAAGAGGAAGGGGUGACUUUAGAAGCCAUUCUUUGCACACACAAACACUGGGACCACAGUGGAGGAAACAGAACUCUAAAAAGGCACCACAGCUCGUGUAGGGUGUAUGGAAAUGCUAUGGAUAACAUCCCUGCUCUUACAAACCCUCUGACGGACAAGGAUGUCAUAAAUAUCGGGACACGGCUGCAGUUUAGGGCCUUCUACACCCCUGGCCAUACUGUGGGUCACAUGAUCUACCUCCUGGAUGGCAGAACUUUCGGGGGUCCCAGCAGCGUCUUCUCAGGAGACCUGCUUUUCCUCUCAGGAUGUGGGCGAAUGUUUGAAGGCACUGCUUCAACAAUGUUAUCAUCACUGGACACUGUUGGCUCACUGAACGGUGAUACUCUACUCUGGCCUGGUCAUGAAUAUGCUGAAGAUAACCUGCUCUUUGCUGCAGAGGUGGAGCCUGGUAAUGUGGUGCGUGAACAGAAGUUACAGUGGGUCUUGCAACAACGAGGUCAACGACUGUGCACAAGCCCAUCUACUCUGGAGGAAGAGAAGCAGUACAAUCCAUUUUUGAGGAGCCACGCUCUGGAUCUUCACCAAGCUCUGGGCCUGCAGCAGAACCAAGAUGAGGACUGGACCUCGUAUAGGGCUCGGGUUUUAGAGGAGCUACGCAGACGAAAGGACAUUUACAAGGGGCGAUAGGUGCCACAAUAGGUGCUUAGAUUAGGAGGAAGAAACCAAUAUAAAUCCAUUCCAAUUGGCCCUGUUGUAUUCCUCAUUCAGAAUGCCUGGUAUUGCUCCAGAAGGAGAUCACACAAAUUGAAAUGCAGGCUUUGAAGUGAAAUGUAAAGGCUGGAUUUUGCACACUGAUACUAAGCUUUAUAUUGGCAUUAUUGAGAUGCAUUUGGUUGAACACUGAGGCUAACAUGACUGUGUGGGAGUUUUUUUUUCUGACUUUGUAGAGUGAUUUCUAUUCUAACCUAGAUUUGUUUCUAUAUUUAAAAUAUAGAAAAUGUAAACAUUAAUAGCUCUGCACAGAACAGUACUCUUGUUUGUUUUGAUUAAAGCUUCCAUAUGAACUGUA